UUUCAGGUUGGACUCCUCAAAAGAAAGUCAUGCAAUGGAGAAGGAAAGAGCAGGAUGUAUCAUUUGUUUGGUCAAAACUGUCGUGUUCAAAAAGUAUCUCCUUAAUUUGAUCAAAGACUAGAAGCAUGGGAGAAUAAAUAAUUGAUGGAAGUGGAGAACCACAUGUUGCAAAGCAGCUUGCAGGGAGGUGCAUGCAUGGUGAUGGAUCUUGCAUUUAGAUUACUAACCAACGGCUCCAGAGUCAAGAGAUGUACCUUUCUCAGCUCGUUUUGGUUUCAUUUUGUUGACAAUGAGGGGGAGGAAAUAAAAGUCAAUCAGGCAAAGUUGCUAGGGUCAAACAUGAAAGACCACGUGCAUUGACUAUUCCAUUGGACCAACCUUGUGCAUGACUUGAACUAUAUAUCUCUGUUCAUCUCUCUUAGCUGUUCUUAAUACGUCCCUGAUAUCCUUAGUCUGAAGACAGAGCCAUCUCGUGCUAUUUCUGCAAAGCUCCUUUUGCGAAUCUUUCUUCCACCUGCUGGGUUGUCUUCUGAGGAGAGAGUCCCAUGAUGGAGAUUUUUCUUUCUGCUGUCCUGGGCGAGCUGGCUUCUAGAUCCAUAAAUUUCUUCAUCAGCAAAAGCUCCAAGCCGACGAUGCUGGGUGUGGCGGACAGCCUGCAAAGGGCUCUUCUCCGAGCUCAGGUCAUUGUCGAUGAGGCCAUGGGACGGCAGAUCACAAACCAAGGUGUUCUCCAGCAGCUGGACAUGCUCAGAGACGCCAUGCACCACGGCUAUUACAUCAUCGACACCUUCAGAUACCAAUCUCACAGCGAAGAGGAGGCCAAAGGUCAGGUCCAGAGUAACACUUUGUCUCUUUUGAAAGUAAAUUCUCUACAAGGCUUGAGUUCGUCCAGUAGAAACACACAGAUUUUGGAACAGCUGCAAAAAUCGCUUGAUGAUUUAAGCUCCAUGAUCAUUGAUGUGGAAAAGCUAGUUGUGUUCUUGAUGAGCUAUCCACGCCUAUACCGCCAACCUUAUAGCAUGCAUCUCCUGGUGGGCAAUUGCAUGUUUGGGCGCCAGAUGGAAACUGAACUUGUCAUCAGCUUCCUAUUGCACACACAAUCUCAUGCUCCUAAAGAACUAGAGGUCCUGCCAAUUGUUGGUCCUGGUAAAGUUGGCAAGAGCACCCUUGUUGCUCAUGUUUGCAAAGAUGAAAGAGUCCGUGACCAUUUCUCAGAAAUACUUUUCUUGCGCGGGCAUGACCUCAAAGGCGUUGACCUUGCUCUGCUCAAAGAAGGAUAUGUAACAGAACAUCAAAAUUGUGGAUCAGAUUCAAAAAAAGAGGGAAGAUUACUUAUUGUUGCUGAGUUAGUUGGCACUCUCACCGAAGAUGUAUGGAAUAGGUUGUAUUCUGCUUCUAUGCGACAUGUGCCAAGCGGUAGUAAAAUCAUUGUCACAAGCCGGUCUGAUGAAAUCAUAAAGUUUGGAACAACCCGGGCACUAAGUCUGAAGUAUUUGUCCCAUGAAGCAUAUUGGUAUUUCUUUAAGAUGGUCACAUUUGGAAGCAUGGAUCCUGAGAUGCAUCCCAGGCUUGCCCGCACGUCCAUGGAGAUAGCUGGGAUGAUGAACGGGUGCUUCGUUGGUGCAAAUGUGGUCGGUUGUUUGUUGAGGGACAACAUUGAUUUCCACUUUUGGUGCAAGCUUUUGGUCUUCUUGAGAGGAGUCAUCAAGAAGCAUGUUUCUAAAUUUGGUGUGCAUCCACUUGAUCAUAUAAUUGAGAAGAAGCCUGCACAUCUUGGGAGAAUGUUUAUACCUUCUGAAGAUUUUGUGCUUCAUUAUGAAUACCAACGCUCUUCACAAGAGGAUGUUCCCAAGAUAAGAAUACAAGAUGUUGUUUAUGGAAGUGUUAAGGCUCAUGGGAAAUUUGAGGCCCUAGGAUGGAGGUCUCGAAUACCACCCUACCAUAGCUAUGUAACUACCGGCCACUUCGCCGCCGAGUGCCCCAGGAAGAAGAGUUCCAGGGAUGAUGACGGCCGCUUCAAGCACGAGGAGUACCGCGAGCACCGCCACAAGCACAAGAGUGGGCACUCCCACAAGAAGAAUGGCGGACGUUCCAAGCGGCACCACGAGCGGAAGAAGAAGAACGUCGGCAAGUACAAGGACAAGCAGGCGUUCGUCGCCCAGAGCGAGGAUCACUCCUCCACCAGCCAGAGUUCGACGUCUUCGUCCUCAUCCAGCUCCAGUGACUCCGACUCACACCACCGCGGCGAAAAGAAGCGGAGCUCCAAGAAGAAGGCUACAGAGGGCUUCACUGGCCUUUGCCUCCAUGCUGGGAAGGCGGUCAGUCUCUGCACCAUGGCCAUCGACUCCGACGCCGACGGAACUCCUUCCACUACUGCAGAGCUUGCACCUCAGCUAGAGUCAAGCUCUGAGGUACGUCCUGAGCACCCCACUCCUGAGGAGUUGGAGGAUCUUUACACUGCUUUAGAUAAUCAGGAUUUGAUCAUUAAGGAUGCUAAGAGGCAGUUUAGGGCGUUGAGACAGGAGCUGAAGGAAGCUAAGUUAGCUUUGGAGAUUGCUCAGUCUGCCCCCGUAGUGGAGGAGUGUGUUGAGGAGGAUGAGUGCAGUCAGUGCAUCGGUUUGAUGUCUGACCUGUCAGAGCUCAGGAGCAAGUAUGACGAGAACUUGCUCAAGCUCGAGGAGGGCAAGAAGGCCAUGGAUGAGCUCAAGUCCCGGCCUACCCUCUUGGGUGCCUGCAAGGAGUGCCCAGCACUUAGAGAAGAGCUUAAGGAGAAGAAUGUUGCUUUGAGAAAGUUGGAGAAAUCCGCAGUUCCUAGCUCUUGCUCUGCUGAUUAUGACUUCACCUUGAGAGAAGUUGCUCUUGUUGAUAAGCUGGGUUUUAAUCUGCUCUCUGUUUCACAACUUCUUGAUGAUGGGUUUGAACACCUCUCACUGUCUGGUGACUGGUCAGUCUUCUGA